UGCUAAAAACAACACAAAAUUUCUAGUUUCCCCAAUAAAAACAGAAAAUGGCAACAAAUGACGACGAGGAUCAUAAGGAUCGACAGGCAGGAGAAUCGGAUCAUGUGAUUAUUUCUAUAGGAGAUGAACCAAAUGUAAUCCAUUUACCAGAUGCUAAUAUAGAAGCAACCGAUACAGAUAAUCUCGAGAGGACAGAGUCGCGACAUAUUACCUUUCUGAUAGACGAAUCGCCGAACACAAGUCGACAGAAUGCCGAAGAGGCCAAAGCUUUGGUAAAGGAUUUAUUAGAGAUUAUAAUACCACAAAGUGAGACAUCCGAAAGUUCUUCAAAUUCAGAUAGUACUGCGACAAUUUGUGAACCUACUUCAGCUUCAUAUUUCCCCGAGGGACGUCUUCAUCAUAUCCUCGAAUUGCUUAAUCACUUUACACGCAAUCUAGAGACUUUGGAACAGCAAGCAUUGAGUCAGAAACAAGAAGUUCGAGUUCAGACAGGCAAUCAUUAUCCUUUGCUGGAUACCAUGUCUAUAAUUGAAGUUCCUCCUCAACAAUGUGAAUUUGGCACACAAACCAUGAGCACAAGUACGAAUUCUAGCCGACGUAGCCUUCGCCUAAAUGUGACCACAAUGAAAACAGUGCGAAAAACGCGAUCUUUUCGUUGUAAUCAACAACAUCCUGAUAAUCGUCCACCCUGCGAACGUACUCAUCAUACAAUUACAAUAAGCACUAAUGCUGCCGCAGCUCGCCGUGCUGCCAAUAAUCGUCAACGAUCUCUGGCCGCUCGUUUGUGUCAGACUUUAAGUGAUUUUGCUGCCGCCGUUUGUCUGUGCAUUCACGUUAACAAAGAUUGCGUUUUCUGUUUGGGCUUCUUCCUGGCUUUUGUGGUCAGCGCUAGUUUUCUAACGGCCUUCUUUUAUCGAACUAUCACAUUCAAUGCAACGGCUGUAAGAGCUCCCAUCGAUGCAUUGACCAGCGGUACCCCAAAUGUCGUUCCUGUACGUUUUAAUGGUGCUUACUACUAUCUGUACAAGGGUCACAAGCCAUAAUACGCUUAAGACAUUUUCUGAGUUUUACUACCAAAAUACCAAAGUAAAUGCACAGAUAUCGUUUGAAUACUUGUAAAAUAUUUUUUAUUAUCAAAUGACGUACCUCGAA